GGGGUUGUUGUCAAGGCUUAAGACGUCUGAAAACAAACAUAGUAAACAACAUUUGAGUGGAUUAAUUCUGCAAAUUCAGACUUUUGAAAAUAAGCUGUUUUUCCAAAUAACGCCAAUUAGCCACGUCCCCGUGACGUCCACUGAUAUUACCCUAUAUUUUCACUCAAUAAUCUUGUUUGAACAUGUGACAGUAAAACAUUAACACUUGUUAUUAGCUUUCGAUUUUAGCAAAUUGUCCACAAUGCAAUUGCUACUGUCAUUUUCUCUGGAUUUUCAUUUCCCCUGUAUUUCUUUCAUUCAUGGUACCUGCCAUUUUACGGCAAUAUGAAUCUUCUAGUAUCCUCAAUUAUAAAGGAAAAAAUGCGUGGCGCUCAAGCUGCGCGACUGGAUCUAAAAAGGCGCAAAUGCAGACCUUAACUUGGGGAAGCUUGGCGGACGGCGGGCAGUAAUUUUUAAGGAGUCGGGGGAUUUACGGAGGACACAAUGCCAGCUGGAAUGAAUAAAUCGGGAUCCAGGUCCACUACAUCGUUGCCACCAGAGCCGGUGGAUAUUAUCCGGAGCAAAGCUUGCUCACGGAGAGUCCGACUCAAUGUUGGCGGGCUCUCUCACGAAGUUCUUUGGAGAACAUUAGACCGUUUGCCCCGAACGAGGCUGGGAAAACUCAGAGACUGCAAUACUCACGAAGCAUUAAUGGAGAUAUGCGAUGACUAUAAUUUGGAGGAUAACGAGUACUUUUUUGAUAGACACCCGGGGGCAUUUACAUCCAUUUUGAAUUUUUACCGCACUGGGAAGUUACAUAUGAUGGAGGAGAUGUGCGCUUUGUCAUUCAGUCAGGAAUUAGACUACUGGGGAAUCGAUGAAAUCUAUUUGGAGUCCUGUUGCCAGGCAAGGUAUCACCAGAAAAAAGAACAAAUGAACGAAGAACUGAAACGAGAGGCCGAAACCUUAAGAGAAAGAGAAGGAGAGGAGUUUGAUAACACCUGCUGCGCGGACAAGCGCAAGAAGCUCUGGGACUUGCUAGAAAAGCCCAACUCUUCAGUUGCUGCAAAGAUUUUGGCCAUCAUAUCUAUUCUCUUCAUUGUGCUUUCAACCAUUGCCUUGUCACUCAACACUCUUCCGGAGCUUCAAGACAUGGAUGAAUUUGGACAAGUCACAGACAAUCCCCAGCUUGCUCAUGUAGAGGCUGUCUGCAUUGCAUGGUUCACAAUGGAGUACCUGCUACGGUUUCUGUCCUCACCAAACAAAUGGAAGUUCUUUAAAGGGCCCUUAAAUGUCAUUGAUCUUUUAGCUAUAUUGCCCUAUUAUGUUACCAUCUUUCUUACUGAAUCAAAUAAAAGUGUGCUGCAAUUUCAAAACGUUAGGAGGGUGGUCCAGAUCUUCCGAAUCAUGCGAAUCCUUCGAAUUUUGAAGCUGGCUAGGCACUCUACUGGACUGCAGUCACUUGGAUUCACAUUGCGGCGGAGCUACAAUGAACUGGGGCUCCUUAUUUUGUUUUUAGCAAUGGGUAUCAUGAUCUUUUCUAGCUUGGUAUUUUUUGCUGAGAAAGAUGAGGAUGAUACCAAAUUUAAAAGUAUCCCUGCAUCAUUCUGGUGGGCAACUAUCACUAUGACCACUGUUGGAUAUGGAGACAUCUAUCCUAAGACUCUUUUGGGUAAAAUAGUAGGAGGUCUUUGCUGUAUUGCCGGAGUUUUGGUAAUUGCUCUCCCCAUACCAAUUAUUGUGAACAAUUUCUCUGAAUUCUACAAAGAACAAAAGAGACAAGAGAAAGCCAUAAAGCGCAGGGAAGCCCUCGAGCGAGCAAAGCGUAAUGGUAGCAUUGUGUCCAUGAAUAUGAAAGAUGCUUUUGCACGCAGCAUAGAGCUCAUGGAUAUAGUUGUGGAAAAGAAUGGGGAAAAUAAGGACAAAACUCACGAUAACCACCUUUCACCCAACAAAUGGAAGUGGCCAAAGCGUACUCUCUCUGAAACUAGCUCCAAUAAAUCUUUCAAUACUAAGGACAAUGGGACACCAGUUAAAGCCCAUGCUUGCUCAAACCCUCAGGACCUCAAUGUUCAAAACCUGGAAGAUGUGUAUAACAAAAUGGAAAAAGCCCAAUCCCAACCAAAUCUCAUAACAAAGGAUGGAGGACAGAUUUCAAAAUCAGGCAGGAAGAGAGAUGACUUAGAAAUGGAUGCUAUUGCAGGCCCGGGAGACCCUCUUCUGGCCACUCCAGAAGGUAUCAUUGAUAUGAGAAGUAUGUCCAGCAUAGACAGUUUUAUAAGCUGUGCUACUGAGUUUCCAGACAGUGGAAGAUACCCUCAUAGUCCAAUAGCAACACUGUCAUGUAAAGUAAGCGCGCAUCCAAGCCUGGAGACAACGCAUGAACACGAAGACCUACUUUCUCCUAAAAGUGUCACUGACGCGCUGGUUUUCCCAAACAAAGGAAACAGUUUCUUGGAAAUUAACUCCAGCAAUCUAGACUCACGGCAGUGCUGUUUUUUCAUUGAUAGCCCUAAAAGGUCUUUAAAAUUCAGCAAUCCAUCAAAAUCAAGGUCUUUAAAAGUCAACUUUCAAGAGGCUGAAUCAGGUCUGCACACAAUAGCUACUGGUUUCUCUGGUCCUAGUUUGAAGAACCUCAGUCAUCCCAUACCACUUUCAGAUAGCUCUCUGUUUUCUGAGCGAUCCUUGCUCAGCCCAGAAAUUUCUAUUUACACGACAGCCAGUAGCAAGACUCCACCUAAGUCAACAGAAAGCAUAAUGCCAACAGUAUUUACAUUCCACGAUGAAACGAUAAAUAGAUAUAUUGAUGCAGACACUGACGAUGAAGAGCACAUGCAGGGUGUGACUGACUCCAGUCCCUCUAAGCACCUUCUUGGCAAUGCCAGCCCCAAAUAUACUUUGAACAGCAGUUUCCAGCGACAGAGAAGCAUCAAUCACCUCGGUGUAACUGCUGCUGCAUCACAAAGGUUAAUUGGCCAAAACUGUGUUUAUCCUUUAGAAGGAAUAGUGGGCCGGAGUGCUAGUCAAGAAAGCAGCAAGUUGGAAAAUCACGUUAUUCAAGAGGUUCGCCUUCACAGCGCUGAACAGAGCCGCUCGAAUACAUUCGACGAAAGCCUUUGACUGCAUCCCCACUAAUGGGGACCAAGAAGUGUGAAUAAAAAUAUAUCUAUUUUUACAUCAUUAACUUUUUUGCAUGGCAUGAUAUACUGUUUCAGAAUUUUUUCAGGGGUUUGAAAUUAAUACGAUAAACAUAACUGGCAUUCUUUGAUUUUACAUUUCCGGUAGUUCAAAACAAAACUGAACUUAGAUAUUACUGUGAAUUCCUAGGCACUCGCAGAGGACAUUUUAUUGACACAUUUCUGCCUGGUGUCUGCCAUGUCACAGAUUCUUUCCUAAUGAUAGAGAAAUGCAAUUCUAUAUGAAUUGCAUGGUUUUGUGAACCUCUUGUAUGUAUUUCUUGUAAAUAAAUCAAUGUGAAUUACUGAUCUAGGAAAAAGCACCUUGAAAAUAGAAAUUAUUUGGCCAAUUAUUACACAGAUAAUAAGGGUUAGCUAUAAUUACUCUUUUGUUUGAUUUAUUUAUUAGAAAAAGGGGUCUGUAUUACAGAUGGCUAACAAAAUAAACAUGGGGAUGUUUGUUUGUUUGUUUGCCCCUUAAUUUUGCCUUAGAGGUUCAGUUGCUGUUAAAUAUUAGAAUGAACUGCACCAUUCUCGUCCUGCUAUACAAAUGUAUUUUUUUUUAAUAAACAAAAUUAGCAACUUUC